GUGUGUGUGUGUGUGUGUGUGUGUGUGUGCGUGUGUGUGUGCAGGCUGCAGAGCUGCAGGCGCAGCGGAAGAGGGGGCGGGUCAGUGAUUCACACGCACUUUGCAAUGGAGGACUCAAUUGAUUUGAUUCUGCAAGACUGGGCCUUUUCUACCAACCGACCCCAUGUCGCGGUGUCAGCCUGCACAGGCGCUCUGCUCACAGGCCUGUACGGAGUAUGGAGCCUAUUUGUUGUGCCUGGUUUCCGUAAAGUCCCGUGGAGCCUCAAGGUUCCAUAUUUGCCCUCCAGUAAAGAUCAGACACAGAAUGUCAUGAAGCUGCUCGAGGGACGGAGAGGUCGCUUGGCAGAUCUGGGAUCAGGAGAUGGAAGACUGGUGUUCGCUGCCUCUUCGGCUGGUUUCCAGUGCACAGGCUUUGAGAUUAAUUCAAUUUUAGUGGCAUAUGCCAGGAGCAAGGCCUACUGGAGAGGAAUCCCCUCCACUCAGGCAACCUUUGUAAAAAAAGACUUCUGGAAGACUGAUUUGUCUUCAUACAACAAUGUGACUGCUUUCCUUGCUCCAGGAGUGAUGGAGGUGCUGGGAGAAAAGCUGUUAAAGGAGCUGCCAGACGAUGCACAUGUCAUCGCUUGUCGUUUUCCAUUUCCAAACUGGCCUCAAAAAUCAUCCACUGGCUCCGGCCUUGACCGGAUUUUUGGUUACGAGAUCAGCACAGUGCGCUCACACUUAAGAAAUGCACCAAACACAUAAAGAGAGAAAGAAAUACGUGUCUAAGUAGAACUAUUAAGUAGCUACGCUGUUCCAUAGGAAAAGUACACUUGAAAGUGCACUUUACAUAAGUGGCAAGAAAAAAAAAGAAAACAC